AUACACAAAAAUAGCUUAUCAUGGCCUUCAUACAUAAAUGUCUUAUUAACCAUGCAACUGACAAUAGGUCAAAAAUCUGUUAAGAUUUUUAACACAGAUAUAUGUAUGUAUGUAUGUAUAUAAUAGAUUUUAAAACAGAUAGGAUAUCACCGUCAGCGGUAUUGGUAUCUUAUACUCUGUUCAUUUAGCUAUUUCGUAACACGUAUUUUAACCUCAGCUUGAAAGCUAGGUUCCACUACCAGCGAUUAGGCCUCUCCUUCUUAUUCUUCUCCUACAGGCCAAGGGGGGCAGCUUACGACUGCAGUUGUGUUUAAACUACAACUUCCAGAAUCUUCAUCGUGAGACAACCUGAGUUGGGCUACUGGGAAUUUCAGGUCAAUCACUUCUGGAGUACAGGAGGAUCCCCCGCUCCUUAAGGCCGAAAGGGGCGCCCCUAGCAAAUAAGACCUAAGGCGCAGUCGCCCCCGUGCACCUUUCGUCUCCGUCCAAAAGAGGCUGCUCCCACUCCUCAGUUGCGGACUCCACAACAGCAGCAGCCAUGGCCAGCUUCUAAGCCUCCGAGCUCGAACUUCCCACACCCGCGAGAGCCGCACCUACGUACUUCCUCUGACGAGAAAGAGAGGGCGAGGAAACAUCUGAGCCCUUAAUCCUGCUUUCUUCCUAGAGGAUGCAUGAGCAGACUACCACGUGGCCAACAGUGAACACAAUAAAAGGGAAGAUCAAAGCGAGAAGGGGGGCAAUUCUGGUCACGUGACAGCCGAGCAACUGGUGCAGAUGUGUUUUGCUAAUGGGUGUGAGCAAGCUAGAUGUCUUAUAUAGGCGUCUACUUCUCACUAAGCUUUUCAUUCAAGGAUGGGGAAGACCAGAAGACUUAAAAAGAAUAUUUGAAUUCAGAAAGAUUAUUGGAAACAGGGAAAAAUGUCAAAAUCUUGUUCCAAGGGACUAUCCUGUGCACAUUAAUAAGGUUGAGGAGCAAUCAGACUGCAAGAUCCUUGAUGGACACUUCAUUUCUCCUUUGGCACAUUAUGUUCCUGAUAUCAUGCCAUCAGAAUCAAUUACUGCAAGGUUUCAAUUUAUAGUACCAAAGAGAUGGAACAGCAAGUACAAACCUGUUUGCAUUCAUUUAGCAGGCACUGGAGAUCAUUACUUUUGGAGACGACGAACUUUAAUGGCCCGUCCAAUGAUCAAAGAGGCCUGUAUGGCUUCAUUAUUGUUAGAAAACCCCUAUUAUGGAUACAGAAAACCUAAGGAUCAGUUGGAGGAAAGAAGAUCCUGUCUAAAAAACGUCUCUGACCUGUUUGUGAUGGGAGGCGCUCUUGUACUAGAAUCAGCAGCUCUUUUGCAUUGGCUGGAAAAAGAAGGAUAUGGACCUCUAGGGAUGACUGGCAUAUCCAUGGGAGGACAUAUGGCAUCAUUAGCAGUAUCAAAUUGGCCUAAACCAUUACCAUUAGUUCCUUGUCUCUCCUGGUCUACAGCGUCUGGUGUUUUUACUACGGGUGUGUUGAGCAAGGCAGUGAACUGGAGAGAACUAGAGAAACAGUAUUACACUCAGAGUGUUUAUGAAGAAGAAAUAAUUCAAAUGCUUGAAUAUUGUGGAACAGAUUCAUUCAAGAUGGGGCAAGACUUUGUUAAAAAUUCUCCAAGCAGUGUGGACAGCUUGAGUAAUCUGGAUCUCAACUCCGGUAUUCUGAACUUGGAUAUCAGAGGCAAAGUUCUUUCUUCAGAAGUGGGUCACUGCCUUAGUACUAACAGAAGUAAUCUAAGUACCUCAGCAGAAGGAUUGUUGGUGCAAGAUGCACCCAAAAUGCAGUGCAUAAACCAGACAUUUUCAACCAGCAGCAGUAGUACUAACUUUUCCAAUGAACAAAAGGACCUGAUAAGUGGAAAAAGUGAGAGUUUACAAAGGGAAUCCUUAAGAUUCAUGAAAGGAGUAAUGGAUGAAUGUACCCAUGUUGCUAAUUUUUCAGUUCCAGUUGACCCCACACUGAUCAUAGUUGUUCAAGCUAAGGAAGAUGCCUAUAUUCCAAGAACUGGGGUGCGUAGCCUUCAAGAAAUUUGGCCAGGAUGUGAAAUCAGAUACUUGGAUGGAGGUCAUGUUAGUGCUUAUCUCUUCAAACAAGGAUUGUUCAGGCAAGCCAUAUAUGAUGCAUUUGAACGUUUUGUUCAGAAAUAUGUCACAUAGUCCUCUUCUGUUGAAUUUUUCCAUGUACUCUCACUCUCUUGUGUGGAUCCUCAUAUCAACUUCAUGAAUUGAACAAAGCUAUCAUUGGUUCACUUAAGCCAUCUACCCAACGGCUUAUUCAACAGUAAUUCAUUAAUAAGAAUGUAAUCAAAUGUAACUUUUUAAAGUUGGAUUUGUUGCUGCUAAAGUAAUUUUAGCAAAAUUUGUUAAUACUGGUGUCUUAAAUCGGCAAAAUAUGUUUUAAUUAAAAAUUAAUACGAUUUGGAAAGUUCAUACACCCAUAGAAGAGAAAUCAAUACAGUAUUGACAACUCUUUAAAUUUCAACUGGUUUAGUUCUUUUUGCUCCACUAUUUUACUAGAAUCUAAAGAAAUAGGAGUAUUGUGUUACAGCAAUAUAAUACUAGCUCGUAAAGGAAAAAAAUAAUAUAAAUUAGGCUUAACAUAUUGAAAGUUUUUUCUCCCUGAAACUGUUAAGAUACUCUGUAUUCUAGACUGAAUUGUGAUCACGUGCAGACACAAUAUACAGACUUAAUGUUUUUUCUACUUCAACUUGAUAAGUAAAUUUGGUGUACUUACUAAUUUUCCUGUAGCCUAUUAUUGGUUUCAUUACUGUAUUCAUUUUAAGUAAUUGAUAGCAAUAAUCUGUGCCUUAAAAAAAGACAGGAAAAAGAUGUGCAUCUACUGUUCAAUUGGUUGAACAAGAACUGAAAUAAAGUAUGGAGUUUAAUGGUUUAAUAAA